AUGGUAUCUAAAUAUUAUAUACUGGUAAUUCUAGCCAGUCUAAUGUUAAAUGUCGCUUCAGCAUUCGAUCUUUUUGGAAGAUUACAUUACGUGGGGGGUGCUGAGUACCGCUUCCCCUUCUUCAUUAAAAAAGGUGCCGUUUUUGCAAUUACUGGUGGUAGACAUGUUGGGUUUGACAAUAAUCUAAGUAAUCAAGGUGAUGUCUGUGUGGGUUCCUCGAACGUGACUGGUUCCACCUUUCACAACGACGGUAAUCUUCUUCUAAGUGAAACCAUCGAUUUAAGUCUGACGGAUUUUUUAAAUAAUGGUUUCUUUGGUAUUCGUGGCAAGAUUACUACUACAGGUAGCACGACAGUCUUCACAAGGAAUAGUUUCAUCAACAUCGGUAUUCUCCACAUUGAAACUACAUCCCAGCUUACUCUAGGUACAGGAGCUGACCAAAUGCAAAAUAAGGGUACUAUCAUCUUCAAUGGUGGUAACCAUACGUUAAGUUCCUCCAUGAUGGGUUCAGGGUGUGUCGCUAUGUUGAACCAACAUGAACUUCAUAUUGAUAUUAGUAAAACAUUUGAUAAUAUUUUUUACUGUGACAGUUAUAAGAAAGAUAUCCAUUUCUUUGGUAUGCCGAACCUUAUUGGGUUACCAAUAACCUUCCGCGGGUUCUCCAAGAAUCAUGAUUUAUACUUCCAUGGAUCUCAAACAGCUCGUACACAUAUAUUAGUAGGAUCAUAUUCUCCAUUGACAGGUACAUUAGUUGUCGUAACUACUCCAAAACCCUUCAGUGGUGCAUAUGACAUAUUAACCAGAUCAAUCUUCAUCGGUUUCGGCUAUGAUAUGUUUCAAUUCAACUUCGAAUUUAUGACCCACAGAGGUCUCCCAGUUGUUCAUAUCAGUUACAAUAAGCAAGGGCCAUACAGUGACAUUCCUGACAGAUGUAGUAUCCCUACCGGUAAACCAAACUUCGACCAAUGUGUAUCAAGUGCAGGACCGGGUACAACCUACGUUUCAGGAUCAACGCCAACUCCUAUCUCUACCGUAUUAAGUUCAGCAGCUACAAGAACCACUAGUACCCUUUUAAGAUCUACAGCUACUGACGUGAUAAGCUCUCCAGUAACAUCCUCUACCGUUGAAGCACCACAAACUACUACGUCUACCACCUCAACUGCAAACGUGGUAAGUUCUCCAUUAACAUCCUCUGCCGUUGUAGCACCACCAACUACUACCUCCAUCACCACGACUUCGUUCCAACCAACAACAAUCACUGCUACAUCAUCUACAUCCACCACCACAUCAAGAAAACCUGACGCAACCAUUACGGAAAGGAAGCACUAA